UCUGUCAAGUCUCCACCUCAUUUUCUAUACCAGUCACACACAGACUUUCGCCCAUCAGGCUUCACAGUGCUGUCAUUUGACUUUAACAACAGCCAAGGCGCCCAUGAGAUUGAAGUGAGUCAUGGAGGAACCACGGCGCCUCGACCUGACCUACAUCACUGAACGCAUCAUCACCACAUACUGCCCUCCUGAGUGUACAGAGGAGACCUACAUGCAGAACCUGCACCAGAUUCUUCUCAUGCUGCAGUCAAAGCAUGGACACAACUACAUGCUCAUCAACCUCUCACAGAACAAUGACGCUCUCACACACAUGAACCACAAGGUUCUGGACACAGGUUGGGUGGAUUUCUUAGCCCCUAACCUGGAUCAGAUGUUCAGCGUGUGCACGAUGAUGGAAAACUGGCUGCAAACAAACCUGAAGCACAUCCUGGUGUUACACAGCCGGGGGGGUAAAGGCCUGCUUGGAGUUCUGGUGGCGUCCUACAUCCACUUCACCAACAUGUCAGCCAGUGCAGACCUUUCUCUUGACCACUUUGCCAUGAGGAGGUUUUACAACGACAAACUGUCUGCUCUGAUGACCCCCUCGCAGAAACGGUAUGUAUGGAUGAUGGGAAGCAUAUUAAAAGGAGGACUGAGGCUGUGUCCCUCCCCGUCUUUUCUCCUCUGUGUUGCUCUUCAUGGUAUCCCCAAAAUAAACCCAGAUGGAGGAUGUUGUCUUUUCCUGAGAGUCUACCAGAGUCUACAAGCUGUUUGCACAUCAGCAAUCUACCAUGUUGCUGCAGCACAGACAGACCGACUCUACUUUGUGCUCCAGCCAGCUCAGCUGCUCAAGGGGGACAUCAUGAUGGUUUGUUAUGAUAAAAACAGCCGGUCAGCCAGCCGUCAGGCCGUCUUCCGUCUCCAGUUUCAUACAGGCCUUGUACAGGGACGCACCCUCACUUUUUCGAAGGCAGACCUUGACAGUGCCAGUGAAGAUCCUCGGUUCCCAGAAGAUGGAAAGGUGGAGCUGUUUUUUUCUGAAAGUCCUGAAAACAUAACAGGCAGGGAGCUGUGGCACAACGGGCACUCUGUGACCGUGGACUAUGACACCUUGGACCCUUUAGUCAGACGAGACUCCUAUCAAGAGACGUGCUCUCUUCAGACAGCUCCACCUUGUGUCCUGAACCACGGGAAUGGCAGUUUUUACACCAGUGUGAGGAAGAAGAGCAGUGAGGAAGCAUCUUUAUUCCCCCUGUCCACCUGCAGCCCCAGCUUCAGUGACCGAACUCUGUCUGCCAGCAGUGAUUCAGGCCUGUCUGUUGCCUCACAGGGGCUGAUCGGAGCCAGGCAGAGGAGAGGGGCUGCACAGGACACGUGUACCCAGCUGCUCUCUGCGGUGGAUUUUGAGAUUGCUCAGCCUCUUCUGCAGGUCAUGACUGAGCUUGCUGCAUGCAGUGGAGGGGAUGGGGAAAUAGCUGGAGAUGAGUCUGGAUUGGGACUAACUAUAAACGGAGAGGCUUUGUCCAGUGAGAGGGAGACCGAUAUAUUGGAUGAUGAAGAUGAAGUAGAUGAGGUUGCUGCUCUGACUUUAGACAUGCCAAGCUCAGGCUCCCUCUCCUCAGAGAAUCUGCUCCAAACUCAGAGGGCAGAUCAGACUGAGCAAUCCACACACUCCUGGCUACAGCAGCAGCAGCAGAUGGUGGAUGCCCUCACUGAUAACUACAACAAAGUGGAUGCAGAGGAGAGGUCAAACAAGCUGAGAAAAGAAGGCCUGCCACAUCUGCUAGCUCCUGAGACGCCACCUCGAGGAUUUAGCAGCAGGGAAGCUGUGCAGAGAGGGCUACUGGACAAGGACGGCACACAAAAUACUGCACACACUUCAUCCUGCCAAGAAGAUGAACUGGCAUCAUUAGCCACAGACAUCGAUGAGUCCAUAGAGCAGCUGAACCAGCUGAUUCUGGAUUUGGACCCCACCUUUGUUCCUGUUCCUACUCGCUGUACCACCCUGUCCCAGUCUGCCUCCCUCCACGCCAACUGCCUCAGCCACAAGGAAAACACAAAUCUGUCAGGGUGGAAGGAGCAGAAGCAGGUCAGCGACGUACCAGGCUACACUGGUCUCCAUAGCCCGCGAUGGAGAGGGGGUGGACCUCAGUCCACGGGCUCCCCAGUCUACAGUCCCUCCUUCUCAUCAUCUCAGCAUGGGUAUAUGUACAAAACCAGCAGCGGGGACUAUCAGAGACAUGCCGACAGCUCUGACAUUGUUCCACAAACUCCAGCUUUCCCAGUGUCUCCUCCAACGCCCUAUGUGAAACUUUUCUCUGAGGGCUCUCAGCUCAGGACUGGUGAGCGGUGGGAACAGCACAGCUGGGCUCAAGAGUCCCGGAGUUUCCUGGACAGUAUGAAUCACGGCAGCAGCUCCACAGAGGGAGAGCUGUUCAGAUCAGACAUGUCAGUCACUCCUGCUUCCUGUCAGAGGGCCUUUGGCUCCAUGUGCUCGGUGUCAUCGGGAAGCCCCCUCCCACACACAGACAGCUCCACCCCUCCUCCAGCAUGGCAUGACCGGACUCCAAACUCCCUGAACUCCCCGUAUCCCCCCCAGCCUUCACCUCCUCUCUCCUUCAGCACUCCCGAUGCCCACAGUUCUCCCCUGGGGGUUCCAAAAGGCCUCGGUGGAGGCCGGAGGGUCUGCGGGGAGGCAGACAGCACAGACUUAACUUCGCUGCUGGUGGGUAAUGGCAGCUUGGAUCACAGCCUGCUAGAGGCCAUGGAUGGCCUUGGGAGUCUGAACCUCAGAGGUGAUGGGGGCCUCGCUCCACUGCUGCCUGAGAAGAGGAGAGGGGGAGAGGGGGUAGAGCUCAGCUCACGCUCACCCUCUCUAAGCGGAUUUUCCAGCCCUCACAGUGGCAGUAGUGUCAGCAUCUCUUUCUCUUCCCCCAUGACCCCCGACCCCCUUAGAGGACUCAGUGGGGCCUCAUCACCCGGAGCAGACUUUGGGAGCAAGCAGGACACAGUGAAGUUUGUUCAGGACACUUCCAAGUUCUGGUACAAGCCCGAUAUUUCCAGAGACCAAGCCAUUGCAGUGCUAAAGGACAAAGAGCCGGGCUCCUUCAUUGUCAGAGACAGUCAUUCAUUUCGUGGGGCAUACGGAUUGGCCAUGAAGGUGGCCACGCCCCCUCCAUCUGUGUUACAACACAGUAAGAAAGCUGGAGACCUGUCCACUGAGCUGGUGAGACAUUUCCUGAUAGAGUGCACGCCGAAAGGAGUUCGUCUUAAAGGCUGCCCCAAUGAGCCGUACUUUGGAAGUCUCACAGCUCUGGUGUGUCAACACUCCAUCACCCCUCUGGCUCUGUCCUGUAAACUCAUCCUGCCUGACAGAGACCCAGUGGAGGAGGUGAAUGACUCUUCUGCACAAACAGCAACAAACUCAGCAGCCGAACUCCUCAAACAGGGAGCAGCGUGUAACGUGUGGUACCUGGGCUCCGUGGAGCUGGAGUCUCUGACAGGACACCAGGCGGUUCAGAAGGCAACCACGGUGACACUCUCCAUGGACCCUCCACCGCCCUCCACCGUCGUCCACUUCAAAGUGUCAGCACAGGGAAUCACGCUCACUGACAACCAGAGGAAGCUGUUCUUCAGGAGACACUACGCUGUCAGCACAGUUAUAUUUUGUUCGCUGGACCCACAGGGCAGGAAAUGGACGAGAGACAGCGGUUCCACUGCAAAGAUCUUUGGUUUUGUGGCCAGGAAAUCUCAGAGUGAGACUGAAAAUAUGUGCCAUCUCUUUGCUGAGCACGACCCCGAGCAACCAGCGAGCGCUAUCGUCAACUUUGUCUCAAAGGUCAUGAUUGGCUCGCAUAAAAAGUAAAACAGACUCCAACUGUUCAAUAGAGAAUAUGGACUGGGGCCAACUUUUCACCCUAAAUCGCAGCAAUAUGAGUGAGGAGCUAAAGAAAUCCCCUCUACUACAACCUCACUCCCAAGAGCCAAAGACUAUGAAGCCACAUUCCAGCACCUGGUCCAGAAUAACCAGCACAGACUGCAGUGCAGGAUGCUGCCACCAGAGGGAAACACCAGUGUGACAUCUCAAUGUGUAUAAAAUCAGACACUUUCUCACAGAGGAUCCACUAUGAAAAUCAGAUUGUCGUUUUGAAUACUUCUUCUACCUGUAUCUUCAAAUGUAUUCUAAAUGCACCACAAACUGACUUUGCUUGGUCACAGGUAUCACGGAUGACUAAAAUAGUUCCGAUUAAACGUGAAGCACAUCAGCUAUUCUGCACACAAACAUAUAUUUUUAAGUGUAAUUCUAAGUCUUAGACAGUUUGCUAAAAAUGUGUCACUUCUCUACAGAUCGCAGGCCCAUUGUAUUUGCUCAAACCACACCAGCACUGGUGUUAUGUGACAAAACCAGUGAUGUGGUCACUCUGUACUUAGGAUGAAUUUAUUGUGUUCAUAUUUUGCUAAAAGUAUUUAUCCUAUUUUACAAAUGUGCAAAAGCUUCUUUUUCAUAAAUAUACUUGUCAUAUAUUUUUGUAUACUAACACCUACUGUAAAUUAGUGUAUCUCAGAAUAUAUUCAAUUAUGUCAGUAUUGUUGUGAGAAUAUGAUGUAUUUUACAUAGCUAACUACAUAAUCUGACCAUAUGUGUUUGCUAUACUGUAUUACCAAUGUUAAUAUGUUUUACCAAUAACAUCAAAACAGAUUUAUGUACAGUUGUGGUGCCAUUAGUCCGAGAUCAAAAACAGUCACUGUGAUAAAUGUCAAACAUGUAGUACACCUCAGUACUGCACAUUUGACAGUAAUGUAUAUGAUGUUAUUGGAUUAUAAUUACUGAUACGUUGUAAUGCUCAUCACUUUAAUGUUACAGCUGGUAAAGGUGGAGCUACUUUAUACACUUAUAAUUUGAAGUACUUUACUUACUGCUGGGUAGCUUGUGGAUUUACCCCCAGGGAUCAGGAAAACUCUUAUGAUACUACAGUGGGUACGAAAAGUAUUCAGACCCCCUUAAAUUUUUCACUGUUAUAUUGC